AUGCAUGGUUGUGGAAGUGAUAACGAGCAAAUAACUGACUAUAGUGAUAUGAUUGUUGCUGAUUUGGUGGAACCUAUUGCAGGAGAAUCGGAAGAACAUAAGAUUCGAUACCGAAGUUUGUCGAAAUCUGGUGGAGAAAAACUUGUGAUUCUGGACGAUUCAGUUACAAUUCAGGAAUAUCCAUCAGGUGUAAUUCGACGUAGACUUACAGCAGAUUUUGCAUUACUAGAUGCAUUUUGGUGUGAAUUUCCGAACACUUCUGCUGAUGUCGAUCCAUUGCAUGGUGUUUGUCUUAUUGGACACAAAAAUCUUAUAUUUGCUUCUGAUACUGAUUGGAUUUCUUACACAAUUACACUACCGUUCACUGUAAAACGCGUAUUUCGAAGUGCAUUAGGCUUGAUUUUGCAACGAACUGCCCCAUUACCGUCAUCAAUUGCGAAUUUCCCACACUUGUUUUCAUUGUCACAUCCGUACUGCGAGAUAUUACCAAUAAUAUCAAAAAAUAAAGAUUCAGAGGGUUCUUCACAUUAUGUUUGGGAUAGUACCGAAGUAGCAUUAUUAGAAGCAUUAAAUGAUUGUCAACUUUUAUUAACUUACUCAACGACUGCUCGAGUUCAUUCGUUGUAUUGGAUACGAAAAGCAACAAAAGCGGAGUGGAAAUGUGCAGCAAGUAAGGCGGAAAGUGUUGUCUCAUGUAAUACAACACUUACACCUGUUGGUCGAUCAAGUCAACUAUCUACACCGCAAAUGGGAAGUCAAUCAAGGCAUCGUUUUGGCAAAAAUGAUUCGUUUGCUGAUGAUGUUUGGGUGACACCUCAAACACGAUCAGUUCGUACACGAUCCAUGACUGCAGCAGCUGCACUAAUACAGUCCUUACCUUUUCCUACUACAAGUCCUGCUCAGCGAUCUUCAGCGAACCGAUCAGUCACAGAUUCUCCGAUUUUGCGCUUACGAGGAGGAAGUGCACAUACCACGCCUCGCCUUAGUUCAUUUUGUGAUGAUAGUAUUAUUUCCUUAAUUGAAACUCGUGGUUCAGAACUCGAUCUUCUGGCACCUGAGAUUUGUAUGGAAUGUAUAUGGACUGAACGACGUCAGGUAGAUCCUGAAACAAGUGGUUCUGCAACUACUGCAUUUCUUACUGAAGAUUUUAUCGGUCAAAUGUAUAUAUGUUUUUAUGUAGCAGAGCAAAAUCUCUUAAAAUGUGUUCGGGGAAAAAUGCAUGAUGAAGGACGAAUGACUAUAAGUUCCUUUACUACAAUUCCGUGUAAAGGAGCUGCAGAUGUCAAGGGACGAAAAAUGAUGGCAGUGAUUGAUCUCGAUGGUGCUGUGAUUCUUUAUAGUGGUAUUACUCGUAUCGGUGCUUUAUAUGGGAAUUAUGACUUUAUAAACCUCAAAGAAUCUUCUGCUAACAAUCAAGACAUGCAAGAGCAUACAAUCACUCGCGGUCUGUCAAUAUGUGCUCCAGUUGUUGAAUUGCGUACUGCUUUUGUAGGUCAUAUAAUCCUAGAGACACAGAAGCAUGAAUUGGUGAUGUGUAAGCUGCCGUCAAUUGCAUCCUCACCUUUCGUUGCUGAAUGCCUGUCGCAAGUUUGUUCAAAUUUACCAUUAGAUAAAGCAAUGAAACUGUCGUCAUCUUGGUGCACGAGUAAUACUUCUGGUCUGUUAGAUCGCUAUUAUGAUAAUCGCAUUGCUGCAGAAGUUGCUAUGUUCGUACAGUUCCUUUUUGUGCAAUGUGGACUUCACAUUCAAGAUUUUCCUGUUUUUCGCGAAAUAAACUUACUUCGAAGUCGAUGUGAAGAAGAAGUGCAUGAAAAGAAAAAGCGUACUGAACAUUCUAAGCAUAUCGGUAGUUGGCAGAAAAUGAAGCAUCUCUGUGUCAGCCGAUGGUGGAAUUUUGAUAACGCAGAAAAUAUUGCCCCAAAAUGUUAUAAUGUUACAGUUAACGAUGGCGGCAAUUUGCAUAAUUAUUCUUUGGCGAUAUUUUCCGGAUUACAUGCUAUUUAUGAAUCGGCUAAAUUGGAUAGGCGCACAGUUUCGUUGCUAUUCAUUUUAGCAUCAUCACUACAUGCUUUUGCUCAGGUUUUUGAUCUAAAGAGUUAUGGUGAUUACUACAGAAAGGACUUUUCCAUAUUGUCUAAUCACAAUUUCAAAAUUUUGGAGGGUGGACGAAAAGUGCUUCAAACACUUUUAAUGAGUUCUCGUUUUUCACCGGAACGUAUACCAUCAUGGCAUGAUAAUUUGUUGCGAUUUUUGGACAACAAGAGCCAUCUGACAUCAAUCACAUCAUCACAUUUCUUUGCACCAAUUGUAAUUACAAUUGCUAUUGGAUUGAAACGACUGGAAAAUAUUGUUGACGUUCAGAAAGUUCUAGGAAAAUCGUACGAGAAGAAGCUACGCUUAACCAAGGCUGAUGCGGAACAGUUUGCAACUAUUCUGGAUGAAAAUUCUUCAGCAGUUGAAAAAUGUGAAAAAUUGGCUCAGUUGUUCAAAUUAACGAAAUCAUCUUUGUUAGAUUUGCCACCAGCGGUUGCUAUAAUUUUGUGUGAAUUACUUUAUGAGCAAUCAACAAAAACUUUGCACUUUCUUACGCCUGCAGUACAUCAGAAAGAUCGAAGCCAUAUGCCGUCUGAGGAAGAAAUUUUUUUAAUUACACGACGACGAUGGAAACACGAUUUGCGCUGCAUUAAUGUAAUACAAAUGCUUGAUAGUCGGCGUCCAAUUUUUAUACCAUCAAGUAAUGAAACUCUUUCGGAAGCGAGUCAACGUGAAAUGGCUGAACGUCUUCUGAAAUCCUUUAGUAUGCGUAAUAUAACUCAUGCUUUUGGACGUUCAGCUCUCGAUUUUCGAUCUUUUUCACCUCCCCUCAGUCGACCACGUGCAAUACCACCACUUAAUCUCCAAGGACGAUUACAUCCCUCGAAUACACCAAUUGAGCUAUCACAAAGUGAGUUGGUCAAGCCGAUGAUCAAAUGGGGUGCUUUUUACAAUGCUGUAGCUGCUGGAUUAUGUAUUGGUGAUUCGGAUAGUUUACAUCUUGAUAGUGAAUGGCUUGCGAUGAGUAUUAAUAAUUUGCAAGGUCCAGAAGCUGCUGGUUUGAUGUACGCAUUUGGAUUGAAUGGUCAUAUAACAAGUAUGAAUUUGUUUACCAUACAUGAACUUUUGAGUAGUGGUGAUCCGGUAAUGAGCAUUGCAAUCUUGCUUGGAUGUGGUGCAAGUCGGCGAGCAACUGCUGAUGUACAGAUGUAUAAAAUGAUGGUAACACAUUUACCAUUCAUGAUGGGUCCAACAUUACUUGAACUGCAUAUCGAUACAAUGAUUCAAACGGCGGCACUUGUUGCACUCGGCCUUCUCUUUGCACAAUCAUCACAUAUGGGUAUCUUAAGUCAGUUAGUCAAUGAGAUAGGUCGACCUGCGUGUCCGGAUUCUGAACCACCCACUGAUCGAUACUCUUAUGCUCUUGCCGCGGGUUUUGCCAUUGGUCUAAUUGCUCUGGGACGCGGAGAAGAUUUGUCGUCGAGUGUCCCGUUUGUUGAACAAUACCCUGCAAUAGCAUCUAGACUUAUCGUCCUAAUGGAAGGUGGAUUACGAUCACUAUGCGUAUUUCCUUCGACUUCUUCGGAAGGGCCUUCAGGACACGCUACUACUUCCUCAACUUUUUCACAGUCAAAUCAUGUUCGAGAAUCCGAAAAUGUUAAUCCACACUUGACAGCAAGUCCAGCCGCCGUCGCUUUUGGUCUAAUGUAUCUUCGAACAGAGAAUAAAUGGGCAGCAGAAAGUUUGAAAAUCCCUGAAACAAUAUCGGCGAUUGAGGAAAUUCGACCUGAUCUUAUUUUACUGAGGACACUUUGCCGACAUCUUGUUUUGUGGAAUGAAAUAACGGCUUCCAAGCAUUGGGUGGAAGAAUCAGUACCUCCAAUUGUGCUAAAUUAUAAGCAGCGUUUGUUCAACGAACAAUCGAAAGCUGUCAUUGAUGAUGAUGAGGAGGAAAACUUACGGAUGCUAGAAAUAGCGGUUGAUAAGCAAACAAUAGCUCAGACUUACCUGAAUGUCGUAGCUGGUGCCUGCUUUGCAAUGGCUAUUCGUUUUGCAUCGACAUGGAACUCUGAAGCCUUCAAUGUAAUCUGGUAUUAUAUAAGAUUGGUUUUACCAGCAAGUGAACAACAGAUUUGCAGCAAGCUAAAUCUUGCCGCCGGCGUUACAGCUUGCCUGAAUGUGCUUGGUACUCUGGUUAACUCUCUGGGCAUCCUUAUGGCCGGUAGUGGAAACUUACAAGUGCUACGUCUUUGUCGAUUACUUCGCACACGUGUAACAUUACCAGAAGCGUAUCGUGAUAAUACUUCACAUAAUUUGUAUGCUGCUACAAACACAGUAAUGGGAAUGCUAAUGCUUGGACGUGGGAGAUAUGCAUUGAAGACAGAUGAUUUAUCAGUUGCUGCACUUGUUAUUGCAUUCUUUCCAGUCAGUCCUCAUGCGCUUAGUGAUAAUCGGACCUAUUUACAACCUCUUCGACUACUUUGGGUAAUUGCAGCCGAGGAACGUUUGUUAUGCUCCAUCGAUGCAGACACUGAAGAACUGGUAGAGCUCGAGGUUGAAAUUACAUUUAAGGGAUCUAAAGUUAUAUAUCCUGAUGUUCUCAAUCUUCGUACACCUUGUAUUAUACCUGAGUUGAGUUUACUAAACAAAAUUCAGAUUGGUGGGCAGGAAUAUGAAAAGCGGAUUUUUGAUUUGAGGCAGGAAUCAGACAAGCAAAAACUGGAGGAGAUUCUGAAAAGGCAACAUGGACGGAUGGUAGUAAACUAUUUAGGGCAGAAGGAACAAAAAAUUGUUGUUGCAACAAUAAAGCAAAUGUGCAGUGCUGAAGAUGAUCCGAUGUUAAUGUCAAUAUGUGAGCAAGAUUUACUCAAUGCAACGCAAAACGAUCAAAAUUUCCGACAAAAAUUCGAUUUUAAUCUACCGGAAACAACUAGUGAUAUAGAAAAUAUUGAAGAACCAAAUCUCUCUUCUUUCGGAUCCUGGAUACGAAAUUUUCAGCUCGAUAAUGGUAGCAUUGCAGCUUAUGACUACGCUUUAUCAUUUGUUAAGGAUAUGCUCCAAAAAAAUCCUCCUCGUUUUGCGCGUACUCAGUACGACUUGCUGGAUGCAUUUCUCGAAAGAAGCCUAUUUGAUCAAAACGAUGAAUGGCCCAUCCGUUCAAACGUUAUCCCUAAUGAGCUUGUCACAUCAUUAAUGUAA